UAGAAAAGUGAAGAGCUUCAACAUUCCAUAAUCAAUCCAUAUCGUCGAAGUCUGCCUAGGGCAUGCAGUAUACACUACACACAUACGGCAAAACAUUCAAAUCUCUUCGUACCUAGGACCCUACAUCCAUACCCGGGAAUAUAUUUUCACUCUUCUUCCGCCUUAAUUAUAGGCUCCCAGAGCAAAGUAAAAUAAAGUAGAUAUGACCGAGAAACGACCUGCGCCUGAUGAUCCAGGUGCAGGCCAAUUAGUUGUCAAGAGACAGAAGCCUGGGACCAGUACCGCAUUAUCACGUCGAGAUGGAGGAUCCGUGUCCAGCGCACUGGUUCAAUCGACUAUUAGGACGAGCAACUUGGAAGCGCCGUUGAUGGAACUCUCGGGACACUCUGGAGAGAUCUUUUCCGCUAAAUUCAAUCCUACGGGGGCGCUGAUUGCUUCGGGUUCCAUGGAUCGAAGCAUUUUACUGUGGAAAUCCGAAGGCGCGUGCGAGAACUAUGGCGCGUUAACAGGACACCGAGGCGCCAUCUUGGACCUUCAGUGGUCUCGCGAUUCUGAAAUAUUAUACUCUGCCUCCGCCGACAUGCAUCUUGCGAGCUGGGAUUUAACUUCUGGCACUAGGAUACGUCGAUACAUCGGCCACGAAGAAAUCAUCAAUACUGCGGACAUAAGCAAACGAGGCGAGGAACUCUUGAUCAGUGGAAGCGAUGAUGGUACUAUAGGCAUAUGGGAUCCUCGGUCGAAGAACGCGGCCGACUUCAUAGAAACCGAGUUCCCAAUUACCGCUGUGGCAGUUGCAGAGGCUGGUAACGAGAUAUACUCGGGUGGAAUCGACAAUGACAUCAAGGUCUGGGAUAUGCGAAAGAAGGCCGUAGUCUACUCUAUGCUAGGUCAUAACGAUACAGUAACUAGCUUGCGCGUCUCUCCCGACUCACAAUCAUUGCUGUCAUACUCCCACGACUCGACGGCGAAAACCUGGGAUAUAAGACCAUUCGCGCCUACCGAACGACACAUUCGCACAUUCGACGGGGCGCAGAUGGGAAUUGAGAAGAACCUGGUACGAGCUAGUUGGGAUAAUGCUGGCAAGAAAAUCGCAGUAGGCGCCGGCGACGGGACCGUAGUCAUAUGGUCGAACGAUACCGGCAAGCUUCUUUACAAGUUACCGGGUCACAAGGGAGUAGUCAAUUGUGCGGAAUUCACUCCCGGCGAGGAGCCCGUCAUACUGUCCGCUUCUUCGGAUCGAAGAAUGCUGCUUGGUGAGCUGCGUUGAUGGAGGUUCAAUGCGACAAGAAGAGUGCGGAGAUGAUCAGAUUAUCGUGAACGGUUCUAAGUAGCCACGUUCCAUCACAGCCUUACGUCACAGAUACCCCGAUGACUAGACCCCUGAUUUCGGAUCGUCAUCAACACGUUUGAUCUAGGCUUGUGGCUCGUUCGAUGACCGAUAUCUACGAUGAUAGGAGUCGGCUAAGGACUUACGGGAGGAUUUUGUCCGGGGUACUAUCUCCGAAGAUUUAGAAAGACCCUGCGUUUGUCUUGGGGUAGCGUGACGACAUCCUCCUAACUAGUCGAGGUCGAUAAUUCAGAUGACCAGAAGACCAGAAGACCAGAACCGGAAGACAUCUAAUCUAGGUAGGAAGCCUCAUAUAAGCUUUAUUCAUGUAGUGUAAUGUCACAGCAUUAAAAAUGAAGAAGAUCUUACUAGGUAC